AUGUUUACCAAGACAUUACUAUCCUCUGCCCUUGCGGCACUCUCACUACUACCAUCUACUGGUCUAGCGGCACCACUUGAGCAAUUUAACAAACGCGACCUCAAGUUCAACUAUGGCGGCGAGAAAGUUCGUGGUGUCAACCUUGGCGGCUGGUUUGUGCUAGAGCCUUGGAUCACACCCAGCAUCUUCGAAGCAACACCCGAUAAUGUGGUGGACGAAUACACCUACUGCCAAACUCUCGGCUCUGGUGAAGCAUACAACAGACUCUCAAAGCACUGGGAUACUUGGAUCUCCGAGGAUGACUUGCACCAAAUCGCAGCAGCAGGCAUGAACCACAUCCGUAUCCCCAUCGGCUACUGGUCGGUUAUCAAGGACGACAACGCUCCCUACGUUCAAGGCGCAUACCAAUUCCUCGGCCGAGCAUUGGACUGGGCUGAAGGCGCCGGCCUGAAGGUGAUGAUUGACCUUCACGGAGCUCCCUACUCGCAGAACGGCUUCGACAAUUCCGGACAAAGAGGUGGCGUCGGUUGGGGUCAAGGCGACUCGAUCAGCAGAACCAUCGAGGCACUCAAUAAGAUCCGCGACGAUAUGGGCAACCAUCCCGCUGUUUCGACUAUUGAGCUUCUGAACGAGCCUAUGGGCUCUUCCAUUGGCAUGGACAAGGUUCGCCAGUUUUACAUGGAUGGCUGGGGCAACCUCAGAAACACCAACUUGGUCGUUACCUUCCACGAUGCCUUUGCUGGAGUCAACGCUUGGAAUGACUGGGGCAGCGGCAUGUGGAACUUGAUGCUCGACACUCACCACUACGAGAUCUUCGACAACGGAGUCCUGCACAACGACAUCGGUACCCAUAUCUCGAGCGCUUGUGGUUUCGGUGGAUCCAUGGCGACCAACAAUAAAUGGACAAUCAGCGGCGAGUGGACCGGUGCUAUGACUGAUUGCGCCAAGUGGCUCAACGGUAGAGGUGUCGGAGCCAGAUACGACGGCACAUACAACUACAACGGCGCAUCCUCGUCCUACAUUGGUAGCUGCGACGGCAAGUACAGCGGUUCAGUUGGCGGCCUCGACAGCACCUACAGAGACAACAUCGGCAAAUUCAUCGAAGCUCAACUCGACGGCUACGAGAAGGCUGCCGGUUGGAUCUUCUGGACAUGGAAGACUGAGGGCGCUCCCGAGUGGGACAUGCAGCAGCUGCUUCAGAACGGAGUUUUCCCCAACCCCGUCACCAACAGAAACCACCCUGGCCAAUGCAACUAA